GUCACUGUCAGUGUCAGUUUCAGCAGUUCAAUUUUCCAAUUUCCACACAUUCGUAAAAGUUGGCUUUUGGAUUUCCUUUCCUUCAUAGUUUAUUUAUAUAUCGUAUUAUCAAUAGCUAUUCCUUUACUGUAGAGUUAGUGCUAUUUUCGAAUUUCGUACUAUAUUAUUUACCAUGUGAUACAGUAGUGGAAGUGCUUGGUAAUUCAUCUGAAAAAUAUAUCCUUGAACUUGGCAAAAAUCUUCAUCUUAAAUAAUAAUUAUGGCUGAGAAGCUAGUAGUGAUAUCUAGUGGCAAUCAGCCUAUUGUGAAGAUUGGUCACUACACGUUGGGAGCAACGUUAGGAGUCGGAACUUUCGGAAAAGUAAAGAUUGGUGAACAUCAGUUGACCAAACACAAGGUCGCAGUAAAAAUUCUAAACAGACAGAAGAUCAAAUCUCUCGAUGUCGUUGGUAAGAUUAGACGUGAGAUACAAAAUCUCAAGCUCUUCAGGCAUCCCCAUAUUAUUAAAUUGUAUCAGGUAAUCUCUACAGCAACAGAUAUAUUCAUGAUCAUGGAAUAUGUAUCCGGAGGUGAACUCUUUGACUACAUAGUGAAACGUGGAAAACUACAAGAACAUGAGGCAAGACGCUUCUUCCAACAAAUUAUAUCUGGUGUGGACUAUUGUCAUCGACACAUGAUAGUCCACAGGGACUUGAAGCCUGAGAAUCUAUUACUGGAUCACAAUAUGCAUGUAAAGAUAGCAGACUUUGGUCUUUCUAAUAUGAUGAUGGAUGGUGAGUUUUUGAGGACAUCAUGUGGCUCACCCAAUUAUGCUGCACCUGAGGUCAUAUCUGGAAAACUGUAUGCUGGUCCCGAAGUGGACGUGUGGUCUUGUGGUGUAAUCCUCUACGCUCUUCUUUGUGGAACAUUGCCUUUCGACGACGAACACGUGCCUACGUUGUUUAGAAAAAUCAAAUCUGGUAUAUUCCCAAUACCAGAAUAUCUAAACAAAAGUGUCGUAAGCCUGUUAUGCAACAUGCUUCAAGUGGAUCCAAUGAAAAGAGCGACAAUUGAAGAUGUUAAAAAACAUGAAUGGUUCCAAAAAGAUUUGCCUGGUUAUUUGUUUCCCUCACCAGUGGAGCAGGUGGACAGCAGCGUCAUAGACACAGAGGCGAUAUCGGAGGUGUGCGACAAGUUUGGCGUCCGCGAGCACGAGGUGCACAACGCGCUGCUGAGCGGCGACCCGCACGACCAGCUCGCCAUAGCGUACCACCUCAUCAUAGACAACAAAAGGAUCGCUGACGAGGCUGCGAAGGCUGAGAUCAAAGACUUCUAUGUGGCAAGCAGUUCCCCACCAACGAUCACUGAAAGCGGUCGACCUCAUCCUGAGCGCAUUGCACCUCUCCGCGAUAAGUCCACUCCAGCUGCACAACUUACACAGGAUAAACAAAAGGGCACUCCCGUCAAGCGGGCCAAAUGGCACUUGGGCAUUCGGUCUCAGAGCAAGCCAAAUGAUAUAAUGCUGGAAGUGUUCAGAGCUAUGAAGGUGCUGGACUAUGAAUGGAAAGUCAUCAACCCUUACCAUGUCAGAGUCCGAACUAUAAACAAGAUGACACAAAAGCACGUCAAGAUGUCCCUGCAACUGUACCAAGUGGACUACAAGUCGUAUCUGCUCGACUUCAAAUCUCUCUCGGGAGAGAAGGAGGAAACUGACGAUGACUCCGCCUCCCCCCUCAUGGCGUCCCCCGUCCCGCCGCCCCCGCCGCUGAUCCCCACACAACCUCAGGGGCACCACACGAUGGAGUUUUUCGAAAUGUGCGCGGCCUUGAUUAUACAGCUUGCGCGAUAGUUAGACAAUCGUUUUGAAUAAAAAAAUCUCCUUUCUUCCACACGUAUUUUAGAUAGAAAUGUGAUUUAAAACGUACUUACAUGUUUUCUGUGUCUUAUCCGACUUCAUAGCCCAUUAUCCGUGAAACAUUUUUACAACUGAUUACUAUCAAGUUAAUUUCCGUGAGUAGCUUCAUCUUGUUGAGCCAUGAGCUCAACUUUUUUUUUACGAAAAUUCUUGAUUGAACUAGGUUACCAGGUAAUACAAAUCUCUGAGCGUCGGAACGAGAUCAUGUACCACGCAAUUUGUAGGACGUUGUGACUGUUAAGUUGUAUAACUAUUAAUUAAGCAACAUUAAAAAAAACAUCUGGUUAGUAACAACUUUUGGUAAACUCCCCUCCUCCCAACUUGUAUCAAUAACGAGGUUAUUAAACGUUGUUACUAACCAGCUGUUUUUUAUCCAGGUAACCCAGUUAGCUUACCAGAAUCAAGAAUUUUCGUAAAUAAAAAAGUUAGCGUCUCACCUAGAUUAAGCUACUCAUAACUCACGAAAAAUUAACUUGAUAGUAAUCAAUUGUAAAUAUGUACCACGGACCCUGGGCUAUCUACUACUUUGAGAAGCAGUUUCAUCAUUCACUUGCGAGUAGUUUUUAAUAAUUAUGUAUAACGGUGAAGCACAUAAUAAAAUUAAAAGAUGGUGAAUCGAGUGAAGGAAAUAAUAAGCAUCUAAAUACUCUAAGCUUUGAAUAUCAUCAUAACAUUUGGGGGAUUCUAUAAAAAAGGACAAAAACACUUUGGGGCUUCCAUACUAGUCUGCCUUUAAUAUCGAUAAUGAGUCAGUUAAUUAAAAAAAUGACUAAGUUAUUUUAUCAUCAUCAUCAUCUAUCAUCAUCAUCCAUCAUCAUCAUCAUCAUAUCAGGCCAAGACAUAAGCCUUUUGUAGGGACUUCCAAACAUCACGAUGCUGAGCCGCCUGCAUCCAGCAAUCCCUCGAUGAGCUAUGACUUUGAUCCUUUUGCGGAUCUCCUCAUUUCUGAUUCGAUCACGCAGAGAUACUCUAAGCAUAGCUGAUCCAUCACCCGCUGUGUGACCUUGAACCUUCUUAUGAGGCCCAUAGUUAUCGACCAAGUCUCGGAACCAUAGGUCCUCCGUUGGCAGCGGAAUCUCUGCCGGAGAUUCUUAACACCCCUAGCCCCACCGUUAUUGUAACCGGUAACUAAGUUAUAUUGGUAUCUCAUAAUGAAUUAAAUCGUCAUAAAUGUUGAAUGCAAUAAAUAUGUAACAAUAAAAAAUGUGAAAUUAACAUAAAGAUAACAAACUAAUUGCUUUUAAUUAUAUUACAUUGGAUUGGUGUUAUAUAAUAGGUAUAGUUUAGGCCAUACAAAAGCUCGCUUACUACCUUUAAGGCUUUUUUAAGGCUCUAGCGCUUAUUAUGAGAGAAGUCACUGACUAUGCGAUACUACCAAAAUGAGUUAAAUUAAAUACUGUAUUUUUGUACUGUUGUAUUGAUAUUGGUACAGCGAUGAACAAAUGAAGCUUCGACUUUUGAGGUACCACACCACAGACCAAACUUAGUUUCUACUAUACAGCUCGUGCGGAUUACCUUGACACCUGACUCGAACGAUGUUGAUUACCUUGACACCUGACUCGAACGAUGUUUGUACUGUGUUUGUUUGGUUGUCAAGUUAAUACGCACGAGUUAUACUUACAGGUGAGCAGUGGCGUGCAUUUUAUAGGCACAAAAAUGCACUGCCUAACAUGAGAACUAAUCACGAGCUCGUAUUGGAGAAGUAAUUUUUAAUUUUUCGUUAGUAUUAUUUGUAUAUAUGAUGCAUACCCUAGUUGAAAAGUUUGUGCACGCCAGUGAUGGUAGAAAAAAAUUUCGAAGAUUUGUUAUUAUACCUCAAUGACAAACUAUUGAUGGCCGCAUGGCGCAGUGGGUAGUGAUGACCCUGCUCCUGAUCCAAGGGUUCGAUUCCCACAACUGGAAAAUAUUUGUGUGAUGAGCUUUGGUGUUUUCCAGUGUCUGGGUGUAUUUAUAUAUUUAUAGUAUAAAUAUAUAUGAUAAAUCCGCUAACUUAGUACCCAUAACACGUGCUAUACGUUUACUUUGGGGCUAAGUGAUGUGCGUAUUAAUGAAGUACAUAUAUUUAUUUAUUUAAACUUUCUCCUUCUUAUAGUGCCAUCUCCUAUAGGAGGUCAGCAAUCAUAAAGGCUUUAAAUCCUUAAUGAUUUAAACUUUCAAAUGUUAUAAAAUGAAAUGCAGGCCCUAGCCCAUCACUAGGCUAUAGCAACAAUACGCGCUGGUAGGGUAUAUGCAAUAUGGAUUUGAUUUGAUUUAAGGCCAAAUAUUACCGUUUUAUGUCGGGAUUUUACUUUCAUCAGAGUUUUGUUAUGUCGAAAAUAUAAAGGAAAAAUCAUCGAUCUCCUAUUAAAAAGUGGAUGCACAAUAAGCGACCAACAACGUCCCCACUCAAUGAGUGCCAAACACAACUUCUUGGCACUCAAUUCAAGUAGUCGCAUUUGCAAAUUCAACCUUAAACUCAAUCCUUAAGGUUGAAUUUGCUCUGAAUUUUGGAUGUUAUUGAAUAUCGGACUAUAUUUAAAGGCCUUUAGGUAUAAUUUUCUUUGCGAAUAAUUCUAAAACUGUCAUAACAAAAUUGGCCAGUUUUUAAGUGAAAUUUUCUACAUGAUUGUGCGUCCUUUUAUUAUAAGAGGCCAAUGGGAAAAAUACAUAUUCACUAUUGAAAUGCAAUCUCCUUGAUGUGAAGAUGCAGGAAGCAAGCUUCAAUGAGUCAGAGACACGUGUGUUUGUUUUAGGUGUUCUAACUUAAAGAUAUUUAUAUAAAAUAAUGUUGUUAAUCUAAAGUCCUUUUCAUGGAAGAAGUCUCCCAGACACGGCACUAAUGGCUUAAUGGCGCUCAUCGUCAUUUGGUAAUGGCGGUCUUAUUGUCACUUGUGUAAGGCGCUGUCAAUUUUAGUUCAGGACUUCUUUGAUGGAAAGGACUCUACGCAAGAGUAUUGUAUAGAUAGUAACGUAAUAGAUAAAUAUAAUAAAUAGGUAUUAAAUUAAGUGAUGUGAUCCGGUAAUCGAUACAUAAGUGCCGUUUAUGUAACCAAAGAAAUAAUAAAGUGCCUUUUGUGUAUCGUAAGAACAGUUGUUGUGUAAUCUGAUUCAACAGUUAAUUAAUACUGUGUAUUUAUUAUUGGAAUGAAAUGUUGUAAAAGACUCGAUCCCUUUUUUUUAUUACCAAGUCUUGAUUUCAUCCAAAAUUAAUAUGAACGUCGAAUGAAUAAACCAUACCAUGAAAUGGUUCUUUACAUUACAUUAAGUAUAAUAUGAAGAACUAUUUUUAUAAACAUUAUAAAAGUAAAGUCUUACUUUUAAUUUUUAGCGUUUUUUAAAAGACUUGAAUCUCUGUGGUAGACUUGGAUCUCAAAAUAAAUUGUUGUCUAUUUUAGAACAUUCAUACAUAGAUUCAUUUUGCUAUUGUUCUUUCUAAAUUUCGCAAUUGAAAAAUAAACUAUUAUUUACUGUUCAUGAUGAACUUUCGCAAAGUAAUCAGCCUCCUUCUAUUGCUAGAAUAUUAGUAGACUGAAGUCUCACUUCUUCCAAAUUAGAAUAUAGAAGACUCGACUCUUUUUCAACAUACUUCCAAUAGUGUUGCAGUUGUACACAUAAAAUAAUAGUAUUAUCAUUAAAUAACAUUAUAUUAAUUACCUACAUUGUUGCUUAUAUAUUUUUAGCAGAAUGUGCUAAAAAUAUAUCAAUAUUUAUUUCAAAAUAAAACUAAGCAUAGAUUGCGAAUUAUUUUUAAGCCACUAUUAAUGAGAAUAUUGACAUUAAAAUUCUAGCACUA